AGUAGUAGUAUUAGUUUACAAAUCGCUUUUUGGCUGUACGUCUGACCCUUCUCGCUCACCGUAGUGUGAGUGUGACGCGUGGUACUGAGUUGAAAAACUGCUGAAAGUUGAAGCAGGCUAGCAGACAGCACCGGCAGUGCGGACCGGCUACAAUGAUUCAAGAUGACGAGUGAAACUUUAAAGAAGAGAUUUGAGUUUCCCAGCUCCUUCAUUCAGUCCCAGGCUGUGAGGAGUCUGGUUACUGCUGUACUGAAGGAGAAGGGCCAAAAGGACAAGAUCUCAGAGUCCAAUGCACAGAGCCCGGCUCUUGCGGCUCUGUGGGAGCAGUGCAGCAGUGAGAGUGUGGUGGUGCGCUCGGCUUGCUGUGACGCCCUGGUGCUGCUGGUGGAGCAGGGUCAUGCUGACCUGCACUACGUCCUCAACAGCAUCCUCAACCUCCUGCCCUCAGCACGAAAUGUUCAGGGGUUGAUAAAGGUGGUCGGGAGGCUGCUACAGAUCCAAGCGAGUCAGAGGGACAAAAGCACAUCCUUUUCUUGUCCGUACUCAAUCAGGAGUUGCCCUCACCCGUACAUCACAGUGCUGGAGAAUAGGCCUGAUUGCUGGGCUGCUCUUCUGCAGGAGAUUGAUGACUUCAUUCAGCUGGCUGCUGACAAUGACGAACCGCUGUUUAUCUCCAUGUUGGCUCCCUUCCUGCGUUACCUUUACUGCGAGCCGCAGAGACUGUCAGAGAACGCGCUGCUCAGACAUGGACUGCUCCGAGUACUGCUGCAGCACCGAGAGGUCACUCAGGGUCACGGAUCAGACUGUGGACGCGUCACUCACCAGAUCCUACACUGCCUUUUCAAUUUGUUCCCUCACAUACUGGUGGACAGCAUUACAGCUGUGGUGGAGAUCAGUUCCAUGGCCGAGUCCCUAAGCUCUGCUCUGCUGGCCGAGCCGGAGCGCUGGAGGACAGAGUUAGCACAGCUUGCACUACAGCUCAUGUGUGUCUGUCACCUUAGCCAUCAGCUGGGAGGAGAACUGAGGUCUUUACUCCACACCUUGCACUGUCUCCUGCCUGUCUGUAAAGAGGAUCUCCCGUCUGAGCAAGUGAUCAUGGGGAUCUCACUGCUCCUCCUCAGAGCCUCGGCCUCGCAGCAGACUGCCCUCCUGGAGCUCGCUGUAAAGCUUGUUCCACCUGAAGAGAGACCUACAUGGGGCGCCUCGUUGCUGGUGAUGCCACUGCUGCAGGUCCUUUCCUGCGCCACUCUCAUGGAGGCACUGACCGACCCUCAGACACAGGCAAGGAAUCAAGGCCUGGCCACUUCACUGCUGCAGACCAUUGAGAGAGGGACAAACAGUCCGGUUCAGAACAGCACACAGCUGAUUCUUCCUCUCAGCACAUGGUACAGCGAGUUGCAAGUGGCCACCAGUGUGUUACGUCAAGUCUCUGCAGACCCCGCAUCCACCACAGACUGGCUCUACUCCGUUCAAUCCACUCUUCCUCUGUGUGAACGUGUCCCUGAUGCACUUCCUCUCCUGGUUACCCACCUGAUCCUCAGCAGCGAGGGGGAUCUCUGCAAGCUGGCACUGGACACUGCAGCAGGCAUCGCAGCAGCUGAUCCCGCUCAGGUCCCGUGUCUGCUGCCAGUGUUGAUGUAUAAGCUGGGCCGAGUCUCUGACCCGACUCUGUCUCAUGCUGUACUCUCCACCUUACCCAAGCUGGGCACACACACGUUCUGUAUACCGCAGGUCCUGCAUGUUCUCCAGAUGCUGGCCAGCUGCUCCAAGUUGAGGGCUGUGGCUCUGCGGCUGCUUACUGCACUGUGGCAAAAACAGGAUCGUGUGUAUCCAGACUUGCAGAAGCUAAUGGCACUGCUGGAGAAAUCCUCAGUUGUGGUGGGGAAGGAGGUUCAAUGGGAGCAGAUUCUGGCCAGAGCUGCAUGUGUGCGGGACAUCUGCAGAGAGAGGCCAUACCAGCAUGGAGGAGACAUGUUGGCAGCCAUCACAGACAUGCUGACUCAGUGCUUCCGGAAGGACCAGGCCACUCCAGCAGCACUGGCACUGCAGGGCCUCCAUGAGCUGUGCAGAGCUGAGGUGGUUGACUUAGGCUCCACAUGGAAGGCGCUUUCUCCAAAACUGAGCUGUGAGACAAGACCUCUGGUGUUGAAGGCUGUAGCUGAGCUUCUCUCACUGGUUCCCUCGCUGCACGUCAAAACAGAGCAAUAUGAGAAUUUUAAAAGCGAAGUGGUCAGUCUUCUGUGGAGCUACACUCUGAGUCAGGAUGCGGAGGUAGCUAGCGGUGGCUACAAAGCCUUGUCUGAAUUCCCAGAAUCCUGUCAUUCCAUCUUGCACCUUCCUGAGCCAGCCAGACCAGAAGUGAAGCAGCCAUGUGAUCAGGAUGAGGAGGAGAAGGAAAAUGAAGAAGACCUCACUGUUCCAGGCUCUUCAUACAUUAAGCUUGUUGGUCUCACACCACAGCCAGUUUUACCAGCACUCGAGACCUUCCUAACAGCUCUCAUAAGACAAGAGAUGAGCCAAAUGCCCCGUGGAGUGUACCAUUUAGCCCUGAGAGGUGUGAAUUUGCGCUCUGACCAAGGCAAAACAGUCGCUGGAGUUCCUGCCUUCAUGCUGAAGACGUAUGAAAAGAACAAGCAGCCAGGUCUGAAACCUGGUCUUGCAGCCGGUUUGCUGCUUUGUUACGACCUCCCUGUCCAGACUGACAGAGACGGACGACCAAUUACCCGCUUCAUGGUCAGCAGAGGGCGGGCCUUCCAGCAGAUGUUAACUACCCUCAUCCAUGAGGUGAACAUCCAGCCUUCAGAGUGGCACCGCUCCCUUCUCCUGCCUCAGGCAUGGCGUGGCUUCAUGAGCCGGGCAUACCACGCUGUCCUACAGGGGCGUAAGGCCGAGCUGGAGAUGCUGCAAAAGCAAGGGAAAGAGAGUCCAGAGGAGCUGCAGUAUAAACAGCACUGUGCCUGGCUCUGGGUCAGGGACCAGCUGACUGAUGUGGUGAAGGCUGCAGCCAAGGACAGUCCAGUAGUCCAAGGAAACUGCAUUCUUGCAUUAAGUGGUCUUGCUGUCGUCCUGAGCCGCCAUGAAAGCACCCUUCCUGCCCCGAGUGAUGGACAAGUCGAGGUUGGCCCAGAGAUCCUACCCAGUGCUCACUGGCUGUCUAUGGUAAUUGACACUCUCCUUAGCAUUGUGAGCAGCAGCAGCAGUCGGCCUAAAGGACAAGUUUUCCCCUGGUUUGUUCAUCGUUCAUACUCAGGCGAGAACACAGCCAGUUCCAUUGCUCGCUCCUGUGCUGCAUUGGGCCUCGCAAUGCAAGUUCCUGUCCUGGUCACCUCCCACAGGGAUGCAGUGCCCUCUAUACUGGACACUUUACAAGCAGGCCUGCCGGGCGUGCCCACUGCAGACGACUCUCAAGCUGUGCAAUUCCACAGUGGCUUGGCAUUAGGCAUGCUGCUGGCCUGGAUUAACGAGGAGAAAGUCAGUGACAUUGGUGGACAGACCAUGUGGGAACUACUGCUGAGCUCGUUGGAGCGUCUGGAAUCAUGCUGCUUCAACACCCAACUGGAAUAUAAUUCUGGCUGUGUCCUUGGUGUUGGGCUGCUCCUCAGCUCUCUCUGUAGCAGUAGUGAUGUUGAGCAGCGCACACGUGUCUCUGUCUCUCUGGACAGACUUCUUGAGAGCCUGCAGGACAGCGGGAGCAUGGGACGCAUGCAACAGGAGGUUCUGGCAUACUCUGUGGCAUGUGCUGGAGUGUCAUCAUUCAGCUGCGGUAUUAUUGAUGCCAGUAAAGCUGAGGAGGUGAUGAAUACUCUGCGAUCCAUGACUGAGGAGAGUCAGCAGACUCCAGGCUUGGCCCUGGCUCUUGGCCUUAUUGUGCAUGGGCUCUCGUCCUGUGGUCACGGUAAAGCAGAGGACCUCCACCCUCGUCUGCUGUCUGCAUGGACCAAAAUCCUCCUGGCAGAGGGUUGUCCAACUAUGCAGAGACUGGCAGCUCUGAAUGGAGUGAUCGCAUUGGUGGGAUCUGAGACUGCUUUUCUUCAGCUCAAGAGUGAAUCAGAGCAAUCCCCUCAGCAACAAAACCGACUAAAUGAGGUCAUAAGAUCUAUUACACAGAUUAUUUCUUUCUCAGGAACAAUAGGUCUGCAGUCUAAUGGAGCUUGUCUGGUGGCUCACCUGUAUUUGGCUCACAUGUCCAGCACCCACAGUAGAACUGCAGUGCCUCAAGACUUCAGCUAUCUUCCAGAAAAGAGUAUCCUCAGAGCAUCGGUGCUCUACAUUACUGAAGCUGGACGGAAAGGACCGAAGGCCGUUACCCCUGACCUGAUAAAAGUUGUACUGGCUCCACUGGCCACAGUGGGCACUAGCUUCCAAUAUCCACCUGUUAACUGGAGUGCCAUCCUCUCACCUCUAAUGAGACUCAACUUUGGUGAAGAAGUGCAGCAUUGCUGUUUAGAGCUGGCUGCCAGUCAGGCACAGACUUCCUCUAGUGCCUCGCUGUUCCUGGGUGUGUGGCUCGCACCUCCUCUGGUCCACAGCCUCAGUCAACACACCAGAGCACUUCUCUAUGAAUGCCUGUGUUUCUGGAUGAAGCACAUAGCGGAAGAUAAGCUGCAGGUGUAUGUGGAGAGUUUGGCCAUACAGCAGUUUAAUCCAGACAACCGAGCUCAGCAUCUUUCUCUCUGUCUCUCCAUCCUGCAUGGCCUUGCUAAGGCUAUGGCCCUGCCUAACCCUGCCCAGAACUGCUGGACUGUCCUGUGUUCCAUCACUGAGAAGAUUUUUCACCUUUUACCUGAUCACAUACAGGCUCAUGAGGUGAAUCUUUAUGAAGGGAUCUGUUCCUGUUUGUCAGAAAUGAGCGACACUGAGAUAGACAGGAUUCUCAAAGUCACUGAGGUCAAUGUGGAGAAGACCGCCUUUGUUCUGUCCUACUUAAGCUCAAAAGGCAGAAUUCCACUCCUGGGCCUCAAUGACAUCAUCAGCAUCAUACUACAGAAGGGAAAACCAGAGCAAAUCAGCUGGCUGCUAAUGCAGUGCUUCUACCAAUCACGUCUGGCCUCGAACCCUAACACAGGUGUGACCAAAAGAAUGGAAUGGCUUCUGGAGCUGAUGGGACACAUCAGGAAUGUGCUAUAUGGAGCACCCACUGUACAAUGUGCUAAUGCCAAAGUGGGCACCAGUUUCCUGCUGGAUGUUUUUGCAGCUGCUGUGGUGUCAUGGGCAGACCACUCCAUGCCUCUUCUCAUCGGCAUCCGAGCCCAGUGGUUUCCAUGGCAAAAGUCAUCCAAGCACCUGGACUUACCCCAUGACCUCUAUGUGAACACUGCAUCCACUGAGGAAUCGGUUAAACAGUGCGUGCUAGCAAUGUCAUACAGCCUAAAGCAUCUGUUAACCAAAGAGCCAUGGAAAACCCAGUCUCAGAAGUUCAUCGACUGGCUCUUCAGCCUAACAGAAGCUCCUGAGGAAUCUCUAUCACAGAUAGCAAGAGCGGCCUUACUAGCAUUGAAGUCUACCCCAGAGUUCAAGAAGAAAACAGUGUGGACCAGAGCAUAUGGCUGGUGAUCUUUCCAUGGAGUACUUUAUAAAAGUACAUCACACAAGACAUGCAUGCAAAGAGUCCGGUCGUACAGUUAGUUAGAUAGUACAGUAGAAGUGUCUACAUGUCUGUCGAUGGUGGAUUAAAAAACAAAGAUGUUAGUGAUCAAGAUUAAAACCUGAAGCAGUUAUGUUCCAUACAGUAAAUCGACAAAGCACUUCCUGUUUCGAAUGGACCUGCAAAAUGUUUUUGCAUGGUUUUGGUAAGACUCUGUUACAGCACUUUCAAUGUAUUACCUUAAUACACCAGUGCCAAACUGACACCGUUUAUACUGUUACUAUGAAAAUAUGUAGUAUUCAGAUUUUAUUAUCAUUCCGUUCCAUUUCAAGUACCACAUCGUAUGUUGCAUACUAUCUAUGCAUAUCCUUCCAGUCUUAAAUGCCAAAAAAUAUGUAAAUGAUGCUGAGUAUUCUGGAGUCGUGUCCUUUUCACUUGUCAUGUCCUUGGAGAAGUGGAAUAAAUUUCCUCUUCACUUAGCCCUGCUUUGUCUUCCUAUUCCAGCUGUCCAGAGCCUGACUCCUUUCUCUUAGUAAGAUUCGUACUGUUAAUCCAGAACCUUCCAAACACAAAGAGAAAGGCAUUUAUUUUGCAAUUUUAAUCAGUAGCCUUAUUAAUUAAUAUGUUAAUUGUAUAGCAGAGAGUUUCUCACCUGCUGCCAACACAGGAAGGUAAGCCAAUAGCAGGUAUGGGAAAGGUACACAGACAGAAUUUGUGCCUUGCGACUCGUAAUAUGGCAACACCUGUAAAAUACUGAUUCCUUUAAAAAAACAAACAAAAAAGGAUCAGAAAGUGGUGCAGAAUAAACUGAUACAGGAAAUUGACUUGUUAAACAGCUACCAAAUCUCUGAAAAGUAACUGAGUUUGCCUGAAUAUAAUAUAGGAGUGCACACAUUUCUCUUUUACGCUUUAGACAUUUUCGAAAUGUUAGUCAUUUGGCUGUGGUGCAGCUGGAAUGUUCUGUUAUCAACAUGUUUCCUGAAACCCACAUGCAUACACUUGCUGUCUCAGCCAACGCUCUCCCUCAGGCUUCUGCGCCGUAUGGUUUCCUGCUUGCUCAAAUAUCUGUUUCCUAACCAUGUGUAGCACUUAGCAGCUAUUUAAUUAAACAAUGGCCUGGUUUGUGUUUACACUGUCCACAUGGUCUCUAAUCAGGACUUUGCAAAUGUUUACUCUUAAGUAAGCAUAUCUUUAUCAUGAGAUGUUGCUCGGACCACAUUUUACAUGUCAGGCAUGACAUGGUGAAUUCUCCCCUUGAAAUUCCCACAUAUUGUCUAGUUAUUCACCUUAAAACAUAUUAACUUGUGCUGUCAGCCCGAUGACAUCUGUCAGCUCUCUGCUUGUCUUCCUAUGUGGAAUUAACUUGUGGGUGUUUACAUUUUCCACAGAUGCACAGACAUGACAUUUAUCAUUUGAAGUGAAUGUACAAAGCAAAAUAUAGUGACCUAUCUUGACUCCUUGCCACUGAAGGCUGAAAACUGACAGUAAGAACCUUAGGCAUGAUGUUCUGACAAACAGAUUACUGUAAAGCUUUCUUCUUAGUGAUAAGAGCUGUAUGAAUUAUGCAUUAUGACUUAUUGCUUCUAAUAUGAUCGAGAUACAUUUAAGGAAAUCUAAAAUUAUUUCAUUGCCUUGCUGCAGCCUACAUGACUGAAUGGUCCUUCUAGGUAACUCUGGUCAUCAAUAGAAAUAAACGAAUAAAGCAACCAACA